UACCCCUUGGAAAAAAGUAUUUACAGUAUUUAUAUCUUUUUGUGUAAUUUGUUUUAAUUAAAAUAAUGUAAAGAAAAACUUAAAAGCCUAAGGAAAAUGUCUUCAAGGAAUUUAACGGAAGUUUUUAAUAUAAUGCGAAAUAAUGCUUCAAAAAAUCGAACAUUAUAUUCCGAUGACAGAAAUGCUGAUGGUGAUGCAGAGCUACUCCUGAGACGUUCUGUACAUGAUGCAGAAGAAGGUUUAGAAUUACGUGACGAAUAUGGUUCCCAACCGACCUGGAUUGACAAGUUGGAGGAGGCUCAAUACAUAAUGUCAAAAAUCAAACCAAAGUUGGACGAACUCGGCUCUCUUCAUGCUCGCCAUUUGUUACGUCCAGCUUUUGAUGAAAGCAAAGAAGAUGAACUUGAAAUGGAGUCAUUGAGCCAAGAAAUUGCUAAACUAAUCACAUCUACACACCGACACAUACAGUGUAUACGUUCUAGUUUAGGCAUGGGUGGCAAAUGGGAACAACGUCUAACCGCUAAUGUUGUCACUUAUUUAAUGCUCAGUCUGCAAGAGUUGACCUUAAAGUUUCGUUAUAGUCAAAAUUCCUACCUCAGGCAAUUGAAUUCGCGUGAAGAACGGUCCCAAAAGUUCUUUGAUGACUUUACAAACCCCAACGGCAUGGAAAGGGACAAUUAUGUAGAUUCGUUUGAUAACUUUUUGCAACCCACACCUUCCGGUGCUAAUAAAUACAAUUUUUACGAUGACGAUGAAUCGAAACAAAACGAAUUAGAUGAAAAUUUCCAACGUCCUAUGGGAAAUCGUUUAACACAACAACAACUACUCCUGUUCGAAGAGGAAAACACUCGUCUAGCUUUAAAUAGAGAUGAAGAGGUUUCUAAAGUUGUCAAGACUAUCUACGAUUUGAAUGACAUUUUCAAAGAUCUCAGCCAAAUGGUGCAAGAACAAGGAACGAUUCUUGAUCGCAUCGAUUAUUCUAUUGAACAGACUCAAACGCGUGUAUCGGAAGGUCUAAGGCAAUUACAAAGAGCUGAAAUGUAUCAGCGUAAAAAUCGUAAAAUGUGUGCAAUUUUGGUUUUGGCUGGCAUAACAAUGUUUAUGCUUAUUUUGCUUAUAUUUACAAAAUUAUAGACGAGUUCCAAAUUGGUGAACAUUAUAAAAUAUUCCAUAUCUUGUUUCAUUAUGUGUAUUAAACUUACUGUAAAAAUAUUUAUUAUAUUUAACUUCAAAAUUCAGAACUUAUAACUAAAUUAAAA